UGCCGGGAGAGGUCGCACGCUGUCGUGUAGUCUGGACGGGGCAGGCUACUGGUGGCUAUGUGAGCGUUAUUAUACCCUGCGGAGUAGAAGAGCAGGUCCUCGCUAAAUAAUGAAACGUAUUCAACAAGUGACAGAAGUGAUGAGCUCGGGCGUUUGCGGAAUGGACCGCUGUGUAUUAAUCGCGUAGCUUCGUUGCUUUGUCGGAAGCCGGAGUCUCAGUUUUGGCCCGACCCGUCUCCGAGAGCCCCGGAAGCGGCAGCCCAGCGCAACCCAGCAGCAUGGCCACCGAUACCACGGCACAGCCCUACCCGCUGGACAGAAGUGGCAGCUUCUUUAAGCUGAUAGACACAUUCUCCACCGAGAUCUCGGAGUUGAAGCAGGAGAUGGUUCAAACAGCCAGAGAGCCUGACACACAGAUUCUACAAGGGCUGGACGGUGAGGUGAGCGGCCUCUUCCUGCAGUCGGCAACGUGCAGCGGAGUGACUGGGGUGCGCGACUCCGGCUACAACUCCCUUGGCAGACGCAUGAGCAUCCUGGACAGACUCACGCACACGCACUCGGUGUGGCUGCUGCUGUCGCUAAGCAACAAAGACGCCAAGCGCAUCCUGCAGCCGCAGCCUCCUGGGACCUUCCUGGUGAGGAGGUCAUCUAAGCUCCAGAAAAAGGUCAUCUCUCUGCGCAUGGACGGUGAGAACGUCCCAGUGCUCAUCAGGGACUUCCCAAUCAGAGAGAGCCAGUACACCUUUUCGCUGGAGGGCUCAGGGAUCAGCUUUGCUGACCUAUUUCGUCUGGUUGCCUUUUGCUGUAUAAGCAGAGAUGUUCUUCCAUUUACGCUGAAGCUUCCCGAGGCCAUCUCUGCUGCCAAGACCUCCUCCGACCUGGAAGAGGUGGCCAAAUUGGGAAUAAGGUUUUGGGACUCAGAUUUAUGCCAUAAGAGGAGGAGUUGUGAGUCUGGUGGAAUAGCCCUGGACAGUCCUCAGAAGAGGCUGAAACUACCGGGACUGAGGUCACCCCCCGCGGCCGAGUCACUGCCGGUCCCACACACCCGCAGCCCAUCACAGCUGGACUGCUGCCAGUCAAACGGGGCUCUGUGCUUCAUUAACCCUCUCUUCCUGCAGACGCACAGCGUUGAGUCCUGUCCCACACAGACUGGUAAUCCAGAAGCCUUGGGAGAGCAAAGCCCCCUUCCACCUUGGAGCAGCAAGCGCUCGGACAACGGAAGAGCGAGCAAAGCGAAGAGCGCGUCCCGCUCGCCCCCGCCCCGGCCUCCGCCGCCCCGCUCUGGCCUCCACAAGGCAGUGGCCCUACGCACGCAUAGGAGCAUGCCCGACACGAGCAUAAGCUGGAUGAAAGCCUCUCAGGGAAAAAACGGCUUCUUGGGACGCCUGAGUUAUUCGUUCGGCUCUUCCUCCCCGUCCUCAUCCCCACCUACGAAGAUCAGCUCACCCAUCCCCGUGCCCUCGCUGCAGGGUAAGAGAGGUCCCGGCCACCCCGACGCCGAGGGUCACCGCUGCCACCUGGCGCUGGAGGACGAGACCAUCGAGGAGGCCGUGUCGCUCACCUUGGCCAAGCUGUCCCUGAGGAACGCUGCUCAGGAGAGCAGCAGCCCUGCUGACGAGGCCAUCCCCGCUGGGCGGGAGCGCCUCAGUGAUAUCAGCAUCUCCACCUCCUCCUCUGACUCACUCGACUUCAAUCACGGUUUCCCGCUGCCGGCAGCUGCCACACAACCCAGGACAGGCCGCGUGGCGGGCGAUAGCAGCCUUGAGGAGGAGGACGAGGAAGAGCUGGAGUUAGAGGAGGAAGACUACGGCGUGAGCGUGGAGAGCGACCAGGACGUCAGCAUGGAUCCACCCUUCAAGUCCAAGAAGCGGCACAGCACAGGCACGUUCGUGCUGCCAAGGGCGCUGAAGGGACACCUGCGCAAGGUCAGCGGCGUCUUCAACUCGCUCAUGACCCCCGAGAAGAGGGCCGUCCGCAGGAUCUUGGAGCAGUCCCGCGACAAGGGCACGUACUUCGGAUGCCUGGUGCAGGACUACGUGAGCUUCCUGCAGGAGAACCACGGCUGCCACACCUCGGGCCUGGACCUGUUGCAGACGCUCAGACAGUUCAUAACUCAGAUGAAGUCCUACCUGCUGCAGAGCUCCGAGCUCGACCCCCCCAUCGAGUCCCUCAUCCCCGAGGACCAGAUCGAUCAGGUUCUGGAGAAGGCCAUGCAUAAAUGUGUGCUGAAGCCUCUGAAGUCUGUGGUGGAGACAGCGCUGCACGACUUUCAGGUGAGCAGCGGGGCCUGGCAGCAGCUGAAGGAGAACCUGGCUCUGGCCAAGACCAAGCAGCCGCGAGAGAUGGGGGUGGAUGGUGCUAGCCCUCCAGACCCCGUGGCCAUUGAGAAGAUCCGCCACAAGUUCCACAACAUGAGAAAGAUGUACUCGCCUGAGAAGAAAGUGCAGCUCCUGCUCCGUGUCUGCAAGCUCAUUUACACAGUCAUGGAAGACAAUUCAGGGAGGCUGUAUGGGGCAGAUGACUUUCUGCCCAUGUUGACUUACGUGCUGGCACAGUGCGACAUGCCUCAACUGGAUACAGAGAUUCAGUACAUGAUGGAGUUAUUGGACCCCUCACUGCUGCAAGGAGAAGGUGGAUACUACUUGACCAGUGCGUAUGGAGCCAUGUCCCUCAUUAGGAACUUUCAGGAGGAGCAGGCGGCACGCGUGCUCAGUUCAGACACCCGUAACACGCUCCACCAGUGGCACCGCAGACGCACCGCCCAGCGUACUGCCCAGCAUACCGUGCCUUCUGUGGACGACUUUCAGAACUAUCUAAGAGUGGCAUUGCAGGAAGCAGGCAGUGGUUGCACGGCCAAAACCCUGCAGGUCCGGCCGUAUGCCACCACUGAAGAGGUGUGUCAGCUGUGUGCUGUGAAGUUCAAUGUGCCUGACCCAGACAGCCAUGCUCUGUUCCUGCAGAUCGAGGAGACGGUGCAGCAGCUUGCUCCGGACACGCAUCCGCAGAAGAUUAAGGCCGAGCUGCAUAGCCGGCCCCAGGUGCAGCCCUUCUACUUUGUCUACCGCCGCGUCCAGAACCUCAACCUCAGUGCUCCAACCGACCAAGUCAACGGCAAUUCUGUGCCUAACUGAGUGCUAGCGCCCGUGCUGGCCUUCUUCCGCUCCCGUUCUGCCAUGCAGGUCUCUCCGCAGCACUGCACAGAUACUGGCCUGGGGUUUUGUUUGUUUGUUUUGGUUUUUCUUGGAGCUUUAAUGUCUGAAGGAAACGGAAAAUGUUGCUGGGCUGAAUGGAAAGGAGGAAGGAAGGAUGUGUCUAACAGAUGCGGUGUUCGCUUCUCUCCUUUGUCCUGACUAUUUUUGGACCUUUUUGGGAAGUAGCACGUGACCAUGAUAUGUGAGGGUGGCCAUUUUGUGCCUUAUAUGCUACAUCACGUUUAGUCUUAAAGAGGUCUGCUGGCUAUACCUAUCCUGCUAUCAGGUCUGUUAAGUCAGGGCGUUUUUCUAUGCUGAGGAUUGCAUACUGCAGGGUGCUCCCUCUCAUGUCCAAAAUAGCCUUUUAACUGUGCUGAGGAACAGAUCAUCCAUACAACAACUUCCCCAUAAAGAGCUGAACUGCACCUGAUUUAAAUGACGUAUUAAUUAUUAAAGAUGGUUCCCUUGUGAAAGCUGCUUACCUCAGCCUAAUAUUUUUAUACGGUGAAUAUAUAAUGUUGUUUUUCUGUGUGCAGUUGCUGGUAAACUGCUUUCUUUUUAUAUAUGUAAAAUUAUCAGUAUAAUAUUGCAUGUGUUUAUUCAUUGGCAAGAUGAUCAAUUAAGAACCAGGCAUUGUUGCCAGUGAGUUUUAUUCUAAAGCUUUUGUAUGAAUGAAAUGAGUUGGCGCUGGUAAUUAGUCAUUAUUCCACAAAGCCAUUGUUUGUGCUCCUCAGUUUAUUUAUAAUAGGUUUUGGUUUGAAGGUGGAAUAAAAUGUUACCAAGUUUUAGAAAAUAAUGUACUACUGACAAGCUAAAGGCUUGUGUGUGAAUAUAUAUGAUCUCCAUCUCAGUUGUUUUUGGGCCUGGCUGGCAAGUCUCUGAAAGUGUGCAGUGAGAUCCAGGAAAGUGCUGUGAAAGUGUGCUUGUUACAACACAAAGGAUGAUAUGAGGAGAAAGACAGGAAGCAUGGGAAGUAGGUUAAGAGAACGGAAUUGCAUUAAAUAUAUAAUAUAAUAUAUAUAUUAUAUUAUAAAUAUAAAUGUAUAUGAGGAGGUUUGAUUUCCAUAAAGGUGUCCAAUACUACAAAUAUUAAGUGUUAUCUACUAAAAUGCUAUGGAAUUAUAUGUUCUGAUGUAAACUCAGGACACUUAAGUGCAAAGAUUUUGGAAAAAAAGAUAGUUAGGCUGUCUAUCAAAUGAGACCGGAUCAAUGAAAUACUCUAAUCCCUGUAGCAUUAAUAGAAAUAUUUGUCAUGUCUGUCUGUAAACACAUGCAAGAGAUGGUGAUGAUCAUCUUUUAUUAGGUCCAAGUAUGUAAUGUAAAUGUGAUUUUUAACAAGAUAUUUUAACUAUAUUGAGCAAAUAUUUAUAUGUGAACUGUGCAGGGAUUUUCACAGGUUUUCUGAAACUUCUUAAAGUGUAUUCUUUUGCAAAUUCUCCACUACCAACACUCUCUUAAGAGUCUUUUUUUUUUCUUUAUUCUUGAACAAUACUCUUUGGCACACAAUAAAUUUAAACAUUAAAAAAAUAAAUUUGUC